GCGCAAUUUAGGAGAGCGAGUGGAUCGACUUUGAAAGCGUGACCGACAUGGACGGGUAACAUUUCUGUGUUUGAGUGGUGAUUUUUACAGAUAUUUACAGUCUAUGGUGGUGAUGCAGCGGUGUGUGAGACAGGCGGUGUGUGAGACAGAGAUGUGUGGAUUUAUCAGGGGCGCGAGCUCGUUUCCAUGGCCACGCGCUACUGUGUUUAGGAAGUACCUCAUGUUAGCAUGCUACUGUUGUUUAGCUGGUGUCCGUUACUCACGAGCCCUUUGAGCUUGAACAGACUCGAGAAGUGGUUCUUUCCGCAGCCCGCGGUCACUGUUGGUACCGAAACAGCAGCGUUAGCUGACAGGUUGUCCCAGUCCGGAGGUUAUCCUGGCUGAACGAGUCACGCACGUCUGUAGGGGUUCGUUACUAAACAGUAAUAACACUUUAGGUGAGGACGGGACAGUUUGUGUGGACAGGCGCGCGUCUGGCAUCAGUGACUAACUCAUCUGAACAAGUUGGUUUGAUGUGUAACAAACUGAAUCAGAAAUAAUCAACAGGUGUUGUUCAGUUGUAGAGCUUUAGCUUUGAUCUGUGUGGAAUUGUCUCUUUCAGCAUCAGUGAUGUUGCAGUUGGAGUGAAGAGAGGAUCUGACCAGCUGAGUACGUACAAAAAUACUAUUUCUGGCACAGAUUGUAUGAAUGGUGAGUUUUAUCCAACCACGCUGGAUCAGAGGGGGGCUUUACAGAUUCUGCAUGAAAUAUUUUGUGGUUGUGACGUCGAUGAUGUAUAAAUGUUUAAAAAGUGUAAUAAGCUGCCAUGACCUCUACAAAGAGGGUGGCGGUUCAGGAAUUGUGCUCAUUUGAAACGGUUUUUGCAUCGACAUUAUCAUUUAUCAACUUUGGACAAUUUAGGCUUUUCUUUAGCUCUUUUUAUAACACACACCAUGCUGGCAAAUGGCGUAAUAUUACCGCAAUGGUAUCUCUAUAAACGCGCCAUGCCGGCAUGGCGUUGUGUGAAUUUUGCGGCAUUUGUUCCGCCUCGCUUGGUAGUAAUAUUGCGGUAAUGGUCUGUCGUAUGCGCCCUGGCGCAACAGAGGCAGAUGUCAUGAUGAUGUGGGGAGUUGUUGCUGAGCUUCGGCUGGCAAAUUUAUUGAAAAUGAAAGUAAACACAGGCAAUACGGUUUGCUUUUUGAACAAAAUCAGCUGAGAUGGCAAACUGGAGCGCCACAGCGCUCCACGAGCCUCUCUGUUAGAGCUGAAGCUCAGAUCACCAGAGACUGCUCAGGGACUGAUGGGGACAGACACCUUUAGGAGCUGCUUGUUAAAAAAAAACUCAACGAUUACGGCUUCAAUCGCAAUAAAAAGCAAGUUAUGUCCAAGAUAAACGGAAGUCUGCGGCGGCGCAGAGACCGCCCCAUACCCCCUUUAUGCCGCCGUCACCUGAUCUUUUAUAAAAUUGCCACGAUUGCGCCACAUUACCGCCACGGUCUGAUUGUAUAAACAACCUUUAUCCUCCCCAGGGAGCCACGUCCUGUAAAAACUUUUGAGACAUGAAUAAGAAAGGGUAACUGGUGAAUCCUGGGAAAUGUGAAAUUGGUAGAAAGAGCUGAAUGAGGAGAAGGUUGUAAUGAAGAAUCAACUGAAGGUCAAACAAAAGCCAUCUUGAACAGAUGGAGCCUCCAAUGGUAGUGACAGUAAGAAGUUAAAGGUUGAUGCGGCUCCACCAUCGCGUGUGCUACACAUACGGAAGGUGCCCAGCGAAGUGUCUGAUGCUGAACUUAUUGCUCUUGGCUUACCGUUUGGUAAAGUCACCAACAUCCUUACAUUGAAGGGCAAAAACCAGGCCUUUCUGGAGAUGGGGACAGAGGAGGCAGCCAUCACCAUGGUCAACUACUACAACAGCGUUCCUCCUUCUGUCCGUAACAUGCCCAUCUUUAUCCAGUACUCUAAUCACAAAGAACUGAAAACUGAUAGUAGCAACCAGCAGACUCGAGCGGUACUGCCAGCGGUGUCAACAGUUCCCUCUCUGAGCUCUGAUAACCAGGAGGCUGCAGGGACCAGCCCGGUUCUGAGGAUCGUCAUCGAUAACCUGUUCUACCCUGUAACUCUGGAUGUUCUACAACAGAUUUUCUCCAAGUUUGGCACCGUCAUGAAGAUAAUCACAUUCACCAAGAACAACCAGUUUCAGGCCCUCCUGCAGUACAGCGAGCCUGCUCAUGCACAACAGGCCAAACAGGCACUUGAUUGUCAAAACAUCUAUAACUCGUGUUGCACACUGCAUAUCGACUUUUCCAAGCUAGUCAACCUAAAUGUGAAGUACAACAAUGAUAAGAGUCGGGACUACACCCGACCGGAGCUACCGACUGGUGAUGGCCAGCACAGCCUGGACUCCGCCGUGGCUGCAGCCCUCAGAAAAGACAGCUCUCUCCUUGGUAAGAUCCCAGGAGCCCUGAACCCUCUGAGUGCUGCAGCAGUUGUGGCUGCGGGGAAGGUGGCCCUCGCCGGACAGCCAGGAGUCCUGUUAGUGAGCAACCUGAAUGAGGAGAUGGUUACGCCUCAAAGUCUGUUUACCUUCUUCGGAGUGUAUGGUGAUGUUCAGAGGGUAAAAAUCCUUUACAAUAAAAAGGACAGCGCUCUCGUUCAGAUGUCUGAUUGUAAUCAGGCCCAACUAGCAAUGAGCCACUUGAAUGGGCAAAAGAUGUAUGGUAAUGUGAUCCGAGUGACGUUGUCAAAGCAUCAGACAGUGGCUCUGCCCCGGGAUGGUCUGGAUGUACAAGGGUUAACCAAGGACUAUGCCAACUCCCCACUUCAUCGCUUCAAAAAACCUGGAUCCAAGAACUUCCAGAACAUCUUCCCACCUUCUGCCACUCUUCAUCUGUCAAACAUCCCGCAGAAUGUGACAGAAGAUGACCUGCAGCUGCUCUUUACCAACACAGGGGGAACCGUCAAAGCAUUCAAGUUUUUCCACUCCAAAGCAACCCACAUGCACAGAAGACAAGAAGUCACACAGUGGAGACGGAACCAGGAGAGAGACCAUAAAAUGGCUCUUAUCCAGAUGUCCACUGUGGAGGAGGCCAUCCAAGCUCUGAUUGACCUUCACAACUACAGCAUGGGAGGCAACCAGCACCUGAGGGUUUCCUUCUCCAAGUCCUCCAUCUAGCAGACUGAUGCUCUACUGUUCAGAGGAGUGGACUGGACUGUGCUUGUGUGUAUGUGUGAGAUAGGUCUAUUGUAUUUUGUACUAAUUUGUUCUGGCGUUCCUAGAGAUACUGAAAUUACUUUUUAAAGAGAACAUGCCAUGUUUUUCCUGUUAGUUCAGCAGAAUGUUGACUAAUGAUUGUUCACGUUUAAAUGACUCUUUGUUGUACGCUAUUGUUUCAUUUCUGAUUAAAGACAAACAGAUCUUCUGUGCCUUACCUGACAGUAACUUUCUACAGCUGGACCCAGGUAGUCGUUAACCUGCUGACGAUGUGGGUCUGUGUUAGCCGUGGCAGUGGUCAUUUGAGCAGCAGCAGAAGGAGUUACAACACCUGCCAGGUGCUGUAACUCCAUUAUUCCACAUUUUAUUUCACAGUCAUCAACCAAGAUAAACUUGACUUGUUGAAACAGUUUUAUUUUUUAUUUUUAGUUAUUUUUUUUGUCAUUUUGGAAGAGUUGUGUUUUCAAUGACAGUGAGCUGCAGCUAUCAGUGACCAUGUUGUUUUAGGAAAGCGUUGUGAUGAUAAGAGAGUAUUGCAUGCUGUGGAAGCAGUUUCCGUGUCCCACUGUGAUUUUAUUGUCAUGUGACAGUUUGCAUGGGAGGGCUACUCAGCUGGACCAAAGCGUCUGUGCCUUUAGGGACUCCUCCUUAACUCCUUUUAACUUGGGGAGGGAAAAUAUUUUAACUAACUUUAUAGUGUUGAGAAAACAUGUUUAAAUCUUUGGUAUCACAUUCUCUUGUUUUUUUUUAGAUGAGAGUUAAGGCACAUGGUCAGAAAUCUGAGUUCUGUCGAAUUCCAUCAAGUAACCUAUAAAGAUUGCAUCGUUCCAAUAAGUGCAGAAGGGUUUCCUGGACUUUUUGUUUCCUCUUUGUGUCCCUGCUGUAUUCUCAUGACUUCUGUAGCAUGCCUAAUAAAACGUGUGCAGCUCUGCAUCACUGCCCCUGGC